AAAUGUUUAUGAGGUUCCGAUUAAAACAGCGGCCGGCACUACCACUAACUAUGCUCCGGCUGCCGCAAGCGGCGGCGUCGAUUCACACAGUCUCCAAACAGCUAGUUACGUCGUCGUUUGGUAUUGCAUUUGAUAUCGAUGGCGUGAUUCUUCGUGGUGCGAAUCCGAUUGGGAAUUCGAGUAGAGCACUGAGAAGAUUGUAUGAUGAUUCUGGUGCUUUGAAGAUCCCUUUUCUAUUUCUGACAAAUGGUGGCGGUAUACCAGAGGCCAGAAGAGCCGUGGAGUUGAGUAAUAUUCUUGAAGUGAAUAUUUUGCCUUCUCAGGUAGUGCAGGGCCACUCACCCUUCAGAAAUUUGCUAAAGAGAUAUGAAAAUGAAUUCAUUGUGGCUACUGGAAAAGGAGAACCUGCUGUUGUGAUGUCUGAAUAUGGCUUCAAGCAAGUUGUCUCACUAGACGAAUACGCGACGCACUUCAACAACAUUGACCCUGUAGCACAAUACAAGAAGUGGUCAACUAGGCAGGAAUUGAACUGCACGAGAAAUUCUGAAAAGACAGUCUCGAACCAUAUCGAUUACUCCCAAAAAGUCAAAGCUGCAUUUGUUGUUAGCGAUCCAGUUGACUGGGGGAGGGAUAUACAGGUUCUGUGUGAUAUUUUGACAAGUGGAGGUGUUCCCGGAGAGGAGAAUUGGCAUCAACCACGUCUUUAUUUUGCUGCUGAUGAUCUUCAAUACCAGGCUGCAUUUCCCUCAGAACGCCUCGGUAUGGGUGCAUUUAGAAUCGCCCUUGAGAGUGUCUUCAACAGAAUUCAUGACAAACCUUUGGAAUAUACGUCUUUUGGAAAGCCAAAUCCAUUUGUUUUCAAAAAUUCUGAAACUAUAUUAAAACAUCUACUACAACCUCCCUUCCUUGGUAAUGUAAGAACGGGAAAUGCAGACGAUGCGUUGUUACCUUCUUUCAAAACCCUUUAUAUGGUCGGUGACAAUCCCUUCGUUGAUGUGAAAGGAGCACAACAGGCAGGGUAUCCAUGGUUUUCGAUUUUGACGAGAACAGGUGUCUUCAAGCAACGGGAGAAUCAUUCACAAUUUCCAGCCGAUAUGGUUGUUGGUACUGUGGAAGAGGCAGUAGACUUUAUACUACAAAGAGAGGAUGCUUCUUCUUAGCGAGCCGAAAAAUGUGCAUUUUUCUGUAAUUUAUUUAUUAUUGUUAUUAUUAUUAUUGAAGACUAUGCCUUGUUUAUUUAUUCUCUAAUUUGAAGACUCUCUAAGAUAAAGCUCAAUGAUUUACUUUGUGCACU